AUGGAUGAUGGAUCCCACCUCCUCCCAUUCAAGAAGGGGCCAUUCCACAUGGCACAGAAGGCUAACCUUGAUUUGGUUCCUGUGACUCACUCCGGAAUCAAGAGACUGACUGGAGGAUUGUUGGCCAGACCAGGAACCAUCGUGAUGAGAAUCGGCCCUAGAAUCACCAGACAUCAAUGCAAGGACUGGACUAUCGACCAGACCGCCGACUUCGCGUACAAGCAGAUGAAGGGCAUGAUGACUCCAGUGAGUGACGACGUGAUAUACAACACGACCAAGACCCGCAAGUCGUGGUUGUUCUUCUUGGCCUACCAGGUAGUCAUCUACCUCGCCGCCAAGUGGGUGUGUUGUUUGUUCUGUUGCGGACACAGCCACGCGCACUAAGGUUGA